UGGGUCUUUUAAUAACAGUGUUUUGCUUUUCUACUGAAUAUCUUGCAUCCCAGGAUCUUAAAAUAUUUUACAAUCUUUAAAUAAUUAAGCAGCAGAAAAUCCUCAUGAUAUAGAUCAAUAAACCCCUAGAAUGGAUUGGAAGAGAUUUCUGGAAAAGAGUGGAAAAGCGGUAAAUAUUUGGGUUGCACAUAAAGAGGGAUGGUAGAGAGAUAUUCCACACCUGCACAACUCUCUAAUCAAAAACAUUUUAUCUAGUGGCAAAUAAUCAGGUAUUAUCUUUUAUAUGAGUAGAAAGUAAGGUGUGGCUCCUCCCUGCAUUUGUUUUUCGUGGUGGCAGCUCUAUACUAAGUAGAGAAGAGGUUUAUUAGCCUACUUAGUAUGUUGAAUCAGGCAAUGAAGGAAACCAGACUGGUUCCCUUAAUGGUGAAAAUGUCUGGAGGAAACAGAGUCCUCAUUUACCUCUCUAGAUUUGGGUUUUGGCAGGCUAUCACCGGAAGUAAAAGCAAGCAGCAGAGAGAGUGAAACUAAUGGUAGGUUGCAGAGACAGGGAGGAAGAACUUCAUUUAACAAGCAAAUUCUCUUCUGCAUAGAGAACGCUCAUGGAAGAAGAAUGUCACAAAAGCUGCUGAAAGAAGCCUUUAUCAGUAACUUAAAUGGAACGAGUUUGCUGGAAAUUUCGAUCGGUUUAACUCUAGCUCCACUGUGUCUAGCUUGCAGAGGGUUGCUGUUAAUUUUGUAUAAUCUGUGCAAUGGAAGACCUUUACAGUCAAGGAAAUAUCAUCUACUACUAGACUUUACAGUGCUAGUAGCUCCUUUUGUGCUUGGCUGUACAAUUUUGUCCCCUGUCCUCCCUCUUUUGCCAAUAACUAUUGGGGCCUUCUGUGCGGGCUUAUUCUAUAAAAUAUACAACAGACGAAAUCAUUAUAUCAGGACUCCUUUUAAGAAAAUCAUACAUGAUUUCCUGAAGACUAGCUUAGAACCAGACUACAUUCCAUCAAUAACUGUGUUUCGUGUUUACGUCAACGUGUUAACUGCAAUCAACAUUCUAGCAGUGGAUUUUCCACAGUACCCCAGACGGUAUGCUAAAACUGAGACCUAUGGAACAGGAGCUAUGGAUUUUGGAGUGGGAGCUUUUAUUUUUGGUAAUGCUCUUGUUUGUCCUGAAGUUAGACAAAAAACAGGUGUGGUGCAAUCCAAAUUCUCCUGUCUAGCAAGACAGUCAUUAUCUGUUUGGCCUUUAGUUUUUCUUGGCUUGGGACGACUGAUCAGUGUUAAAGCUGUAGAAUAUCAUGAACAUUUUUCAGAGUAUGGAGUGCACUGGAAUUUUUUUUUCACUUUGGCAAUUGUGAGAAUGACAGCAUCACUACUUUUAACUCUAUUUCCAACCAACAAAUCAUGGAUUGUUGCUAUGAUUCUUGCUGUAUUUUAUCAGCUUGUUCUUGACACUACCCAUCUGAAGAUGUUUGUUUUAUAUGGGAGUGAUGGCAAAGAUACAAGGGUUGGAUUUUUAAAUGCUAACAGAGAAGGAGUGUUCUCUCUUUAUGGAUAUCUGGCUAUCUAUAUGGCUAGUGUGCAAGUGGGGUUAUAUUUGUUAAAGAAGAGAACUUUAGUCAAGGACUGGAUUGAAGUAAUAUGUUUCUUUCUGCUAACAGUUUUUACACUCUUUAUAUUUCUUCAUAUGUCUCAAGUUUAUGUAGAGCCUGUGUCCCGCAGAAUGGCUAAUCUGUCUUUUUGCAUCUGGAUAGUUGCUCAGUGCCUGACAUUUUUAAUCUGUUUUUUAGUAACUGAUCUUAUUUUGGUGUUUACAAAACUUCUGGUAAAUGGGUCUAGAGUGCCUUGCUGUUGGAAUUUUACACAACCACUUAAUACAAAUACAAAGCACGAUUCAGAGCCCACAUCUAUUAAAAGAGAGAGAAAGUCACUUAGUAUUUGCAUAAUUAAUGCUAUUGAUAAAAAUCAGUUAGUUUUUUUCUUGCUAGCAAAUGUUAUGACUGGCAUAGUGAAUAUGACGAUAGAUACAAUCCACAGCAAUACCUCAUUUACCUUAUUUGUGCUACACUUGUAUAUGUUUACUAACUGUUUAAUUAUGUAUAUAUUGCACACACAAAAUAUAUUAUUAAAAUACUGGUGACUAUUGAAACUACUUGUGUUCUAGUACUUUGUAUCUUAAGUGUACAAGUAAAAUUUCUAUUUUGCUGAACAUUAUUGUUAGCCAUGCUCAAGUGAUUGUUUUAAUGGAAAAUACAAAUUUUGUCUUAGAUUUAUUUCUGUGCAAACACGUUGAUUUGUAGUAUACUGUGUAUUUAUAAUUUAUAUCUAGGCUUGGCAGGAUUCAGUGUUGAAUAUUUUUUUUAAGCAUUUUUCCUAUGUUUACCAAUUUUUAAAUUUCCAGGUGUGCAAAACUAUGGGUUUUAAGCAUUUUUUUUUUUUGUAUUUUUAUCUAUUUAAAUUUUCAGUUGUGGGAAAUUAUGGAGGUCAGACAAUCAUUUAACGAUAAUAGACGUUGAGACUCAAGAAGUUAAAGCUUUAUAGCCAUUAAUGCACAAAUUAUCAAAAUAACAUCAGAAUAUACUAAGUAAAUAUCCUUAAAUCAAACUCUAAGUUUUCAAGCAGCAUUUUUCUUACUAUGCCUUUCUGGAAAUUUCAAAUAUUAUUGAUGGAAAUAUUUUUUGUUGUUGAUUUGUGUGACAGUGAAAUUGACAUUUAUCGGGGGGAAAAAAAAUCCUUCCUAGCCUAUUUUUACCAAAUGAUAUCAUCACCCAGUGAAAUUUAUGGGAAAUAUAACACUUUUUUUAAAAUAAACACCUUACUUACA